GUACUCUUCUAAUUCCAACAGAACCAUGCAGCGUUUCUCAUUUCCUCAAUUCUUGAUCCUCACGGCUUGCCUCUCACUUUGUUUGGUUGCUAAAGCUGAUCUUCAACCUUUUCAACAGCAAGCAAAUGCAGAUGGGUCUCUGAGUUUCUUGGUCGUUGGAGAUUGGGGAAGACGAGGACUCUACAACCAAUCUAAAGUCGCUACCCAGAUGGGAAUAAUUGGAGAGAAAGCACAGACAAACUUCGUCAUCUCCACCGGCGACAAUUUCUACGAUGAUGGCUUGACAGGGCCGGAUGAUCCAGCCUUCAAUGAGUCAUUUUCCAACAUAUACACUGCCCCAAGCUUACAUAUACCUUGGUACAUUGUGUUGGGCAACCAUGACUAUAGGGGUGAUGCUUUAGCACAACUAAAAAUUGACCGUAGAUGGUUUUGCUCCAGGCCAUUGUUCAUUAUAUAUUCAGCAAUCGCAGAGUUUUUCUUCGUGGACACAACCCCAUUUGUGGAUGACUACUUUACAAAUCCAAAGGAGCAUGUCUAUGACUGGAGAGGUGUGCUUCCUCGAGAGGAUUACCUUCCAAAACUCCUGAAGGAUCUGGAUGUAACACUGAAAAAUUCCCGUGCAAAAUGGAAAAUUGUGAUCGGUCACCAUACAAUUAGAAGUGCAGGACAUCAUGGUAACACCACUGAUCUUGUAACCCACCUUCUCCCAGUCCUUAAGGCAAACAAAAUAGAUUUUUAUAUAAACGGACAUGACCAUUGCUUGCAACACAUCAGUGAUCCGGACAGUUACUGCAGUAAAAUUGAGUUUUUUACCAGUGGAGGUGGCUCCAAGGCAUGGAGAGGUGAUAUAAAGUGGUGGGAUCCAAGAGAAUUGAAGCUGUAUUACGACGGCCAAGGUUUUAUGUCAGUACAAAUGACUAAAACCCGCGCUGAUAUACAAUUCUAUGAUGUCUCUGGCAAUGUUUUGCACAAAUGGAGAAAAUCCAAAGAGGUCAACUCAGCCACGCAUAGGUUUCCAAUGCUUGGAAGAAAAGCUCUGAUGUAUGAAGGAAGAGUUGUAUAA